UGUGGGGUUGGGAUAAUGCAAAAUGGUGCCUGUGGAAUUGUGGUGCAAUACAAGAUGGCGGUGGUAGUGCAGCAUAGCAUAAUGCAAAAUGGCCGCCACAUCUAAAAGACCAGAAACAGACGGGACCAGAACAUAGCUGUCAACGUUUUCCUUUUUAAAAGGGAAAUUCCCUUAUUCCGAAUAGGAUUCCUCGCAUGAAAAGGGAAAAGUUGACAGCUAUGGACCAGAACAUGAUAUGGACAUGUCCCCUCCAUCAAUGGAAAUAAUGGCCACUGCCCCCACUUGCUCACAGCAAGAAGCCUGUUACAUGUCUCCUUCAUUCGGAAUAGCAAAUGGUUUUUUCCCACUUGUCAAUCAAGCCUGGUGAAUGCAUCAAAGUGAAGGGGAAAGUGCCACCAGAGGCCAAGAGCUUUGCCCUCAACUUGUGCCAUGAUGAUUCAGACACGAUCCUCCACUUCAAUCCUCGCUUUGAUAGUCACGGAGACGUCAAAACCAUUGUGUGCAACUCAAAGAGUAAUGGGCAGUGGGACUCGGAGCUGCGGGAGUCGGUGUUCCCCUUCCAGCAGGGAGAAGACACCAAGAUCUGUUUGUCCUUUGAUUACGAGGCAGUGACUGUGAAGAUCAAUGGAGACCAGGAAGUCAAGUUCCCUAAUCGGCUUGGGGCGAAUUCUGCAAAAAUAUUCUCAGUGGAGGGAGACAUUGCGAUCAAAAGUGUCAAGUUUGACUGAAGUUCAGCCAUGUCUUAUUUUGUAUGUCUAUAGAAGGAAAAACAGAAAAUAAAAUGUGUUGCUUGACCUUG